AUCAUUGCUAAGAGGGGGACCGACUACAUCCUCAGCCACUUGCCCGCCCUGCACCGCGAGCAGCGUGGCCUGAGCCCCAAGGAGGCCGAGCUGCGCUUCAUCAGGGAGGCCUGCCAGCUGGAGGACGUGCCCGUCCACUUCUUCAGGCUGUACAAGGAUAAAAAGGAAGAUCACCCGACCAUUGUCCUGGGACUGACGCUCCAAGGAAUGCACAUCUAUCAGGAGGUGAGCCACUCUCGGCAGCUGCUGUACGACUUCCCCUGGCCCCAUAUCAGGAAGCUGGUGUUUCUGGGCAAGAAGCUGGAGAUCCAGCCGGACGGGCUGCCGUCGGUGCUGAAGCUGGUCUACUACACGGGCUGCGCCUGGCGCUCCCGGCACCUGCUGCAGCUGCUCCGCAGCAGCCACCAGCUGCACCUCGGCCUGCAGCCCGCGCUGCGACAGCUGCAGCAGCUGGAGGCAGUGGAAGAGAAGAAGCACUACCGGGAGUCGUACGUCAGCGACACGCUGGAGCUGGACCUGGACCCGGUCGACAGGGGCUGCCCAGGCAGCAGGGACGGCAGCCGGUGCCCCCGCCACCGCCUCUCGCUCUGCUCCACCAGCAGCCACAGCAGCUCCCACACGUCCGGCAUGGAGGUCGACUCCCAGCCGGAGUCUGGGGAGAUGUCAGUGGACGAGUCCACGGGGGCUGAGGGGCUCCUCGGGAACACAUCGUCCAGCAGCCAUGGCAGCAGCAGCCAUGGCGGCAGCAGCGCAGGCCAGCCCCAGGCUGACACUCAGGCCCGGCCGGAGGCUGCCGGCCAGGAGCCCUUCACAGUGGUGCGAGUCACGCUGCUCAAGACCAGAGGCUGGAGCGCUGAGGCCCCACACCAGGUCGGGGAUGUGAAAGCCGGCAGCAGUGAGCAACGGCACAGCUGCAGCCUGGACGACAUGCGUCUGUGCUGGCCGGCCCCAUGCCCUGCACCUGCCUCACACAGCUGCACCUUUGGCUGCGCCCCAGAGGGAGGGCUGGCCACCCCCUGCGAGACCAGGGCCACCCUCCACAGCAAGAGGCCCAUGAACUGCUUCUCCCUGGACUUGCUUGGGGAGGAGCCACUGCCACAGGAAUUUGUGGUGUAG